AUGAAUUAAACAUAAUUAAUUUUAAUUUUUUCAUCAUCUUCUUCCUCUUUUCUUUCUCCAUCCUUACCCUCCUCUUCUUCUUCGGAAUCAUCUUCAUCAUCUUCAUCAUCUUGGGUUCCUCGUGGAACCUAGUGCUGGGUUCAAGGAACCUAGAUUUGGGUUCCUCAUGAAACCCAGCACUAGGUUCGUGAGGACACCAGAGCUCCUCGUGGAACCCAUCUGGGUUCCUCUCAAAACUCAGCAUUGGGUUCCGUGGGAGAACCCAGCACUGGGUUCCGCAGGGGAUGCAAUGAACCCGAUAUGGGUUCCACCGGGUCACGCGAGCCCAGAGUUGGGAUCCAACGUGAAAGGAAGUAAAUCGAAGUCAGACACCAAGAGUUCCAAGCUUUCCGUCAAUAAGAAAGCAGCCGUCACAUAAGCUGGGAAGAAACCGGGGAAGGCGGCCAAGGAUCCAAACAAACCAAAGAGGCGUGCCAGUGCCUUCUUCGUAUUCAUGUAAUUAUUAUCACCGCCUCUAUAAAUAUCUCGUUACUAAUGAAAAAUCCUCUUUCCGUCAAAUAUCUUUGGCAUUAACAUUCAAACAAACCGUUGAAGAAGUG